AGAUACUAACAUUGGUCCCGUCCCCUCCACCCAGCGGCGCGUGUGCGCAUCCCGCUCGGACGUUCGCUGUCCGGUCCUCGGAAGCGAUGGCAGGAGCAGCUAGGCGCCUGGGGAAACAGGUUCCGGAGGCACGCGGCCCGCUCGGCGUCCGGGGCUCUGAAGCGAUGCCCGGAGCCGCCAGGUGCACCGCGAAACAGGUUCUAGAACGGAUGUUGGCUAAUCGCCCGGCCGUCCCGGAGGAGGAGGAGGACGACGAUGACGACGAGGAACAGGAGGAGGACGAGGAAAAACGGGAGAACGUGCCAGAGGAGGGCCGGGAAGCGAUGCCCGGAGCCGCCAGGUGCACCGCGAAACAGGUUCUAGAACGGAUGUUGGCUAAUCGCCCGGCCGUCCCGGAGGAGGAGGAGGACGACGAUGACGACGAGGAACAGGAGGAGGACGAGGAAAAACGGGAGAACGUGCCAGAGGAGGGCCGGGAAGCGAUGCCCGGAGCCGCCAGGUGCACCGCGAAACAGGUUCUAGAACGGAUGUUGGCUAAUCGCCCGGCCGUCCCGGAGGAGGAGGACGACGAGGACGACGAGGAACAGGAGGAUGGCGAGGAACAGGAGGAAGCAUCAGAGGAAGAAGACAACCAGGAACACGAGCCGGAGGACGAGGCCUCGUCCUCCUCCUCGUCGUCGGACCAGGAACAAGAGCGAUACGUUCCCGGGGCGGAGAGAGAUACGUUCCGGUCGAAAAACGGAACGAUCGCGUGGUCCUCGGUCGCGUAUCCCAGACAGGGCAGGCCGUCGCGACCGAACGUGGCGGCCACGAUGCCCCCGGGCCCCACGGAGCACGCCGUCUCCCGCGCGCGGGACGUAGCCUCCGCGUUCCGGCAGUUCAUCACACCCGCGAUAGAGAGCGUGGUCCUGGAGAUGACAAACCUGGAGGGCUCUCGGAAAUACAGAGACGGCUGGAAGGCGAUGGACGCGAUCGACCUGCGCGCGUACGUGGGGCUGCUGAUCCUGGCGGGCGUAUUCAGGUCCCGAGGCGAGGCCGCGGCCAGUCUGUGGGACGCUGAGAGCGGAAGGCCCGUGUUCCGCGCCACCAUGCCUCUGAAAGUCUUUCACACGUACUCGAGGCUGCUGCGAUUCGACGACCGCGAGUCGCGCCCGGAGAGACGCGCCACAGACAAACUCGCGGCCAUACGAGAGGUCUGGGACAAGUGGUCCGAGCGGCUCCCGUUCCUCUACAACCCGGGCCCUCACGUGACGGUGGACGAGCAACUGGUCCCGUUCAGAGGUCGUUGCCCUUUCCGCCAGUACAUGCCCAGCAAGCCCGCGAGGUACGGGAUCAAGUCGUGGGUGGCGUGCGACGCUAAAUCCAGCUACGCGUGGAAGAUGCAAGUGUACACCGGGAAGCCAGCCGCGGGCGGCCCGGAGAAGAACCAGGGCAUGCGGGUGGUGCUCGAUGUGACAGAGGGGCUCAGGGGGCACAACGUGACGUGCGACAAUUUCUUCACCUCCUACGAACUGGGACAGCGCCUCCUGGCCCGGGGGCUCACGAUGGUGGGCACGGUUCGCAAGAACAAGCCCGAGCUCCCUGCCGCGCUGCUCGCGACCAAGGCCCGAGAGGUGUUCUCGUCCAGGUUCGCGUUCACCCCGAGCGCCACUCUAGUGUCCUACCUGCCCAAGAGAAGCAAGAACGUGUUACUGCUGAGCACGCUGCACACGGACGCGUCGGUGAGCGAGCGCCAGGACAGGAAACCCGCCCUCAUCCUGGACUACAACAGCAACAAAGGAGGGGUGGACAACCUAGACAAGGUGGUCGGAACCUACAGCUGCCGGCGGAUGACGGCCCGCUGGCCCCUGGCGGUCUUCCACAACAUAAUCGACGUCUCCGCGUACAACGCCUUCGUGAUAUGGAGGGAGCUCAACCCCGGCUGGAUGACCCGUAAGAGGAACAAGAGGAGGGUCUUCCUGGAGCAGCUGGGGAAAGCUCUCGUGACGCCGCUCAUGGAAAGAAGGGCGCGUAUCCCGCGCACACACUCGUCCGCGGCGCUCGUGAAAGCCGCGCAGAGCGCUAGAGCCGGGGUUCGCCCCGAGGGCCUGGAAGCCGCUGCCCGUGCCCCUGGCCCUGCCCCUGCCAGUAAGAGGAAGAGGUGUCAGAGCUGCCCGCCCAAGAAAGACUGUAAAACCCACACGGUGUGCAGCGGGUGUAAGAGAUACGUAUGCAAACGCUGCACGCACGCCUACUGUCCCACGUGCGCCGACUGGGGGUUUACACAAGAAGAGACGGACUGACCCGGGGCGCGCGGGGUGUUUGUUCAGCCCCGGGGGUCCCCCGGACCCCACCGAUUUAUCCCGCCACCCUGCCCUCGCCCUGGGGUCUCUCCGACCCGCCGUUAGCAU